AUGCUUCGACACACGCUGGCUCGUUCCGCGCUGCGGACGGGCAUACGGGCGGCCGGCGCCUCGCGCGCUUUCUCUGCAUCUGCCCAGCGCCACGCCGAGGUGGAGCUUACAAUUGAUGGCAAGAAGGUCUCGAUCGAAGCUGGCUCGGCCCUGAUCCAAGCUUGCGAGAAGGCUGGAGCGACGGUCCCUAGAUACUGCUACCACGAGAAGCUCAUGAUUGCAGGAAACUGUCGUAUGUGUCUCGUCGAAGUCGAAAAGGCCCCCAAGCCUGUUGCCUCUUGCGCCUGGCCCGUUCAACCUGGCAUGGUUGUCAAGACCAACUCGCCCCUCGCCCACAAGGCCCGCGAGGGCGUCAUGGAGUUUCUCCUGGCCAACCAUCCUCUCGACUGCCCCAUCUGCGACCAGGGUGGUGAGUGCGAUCUCCAGGAGCAGUCUCUGCGCUACGGUGCCGACCGCGGUCGGUUCCACGAGAUUGGCGGCAAGCGUGCUGUUGAGGACAAGAACAUUGGACCCCUGAUCAAGACCUCGAUGAACCGCUGCAUCCACUGCACCCGAUGCGUGCGCUUCGCCAACGACAUUGCUGGAGCGCCUGAACUUGGCUCUACCGGCCGUGGUAACGAUAUUCAGAUUGGCACCUACCUCGAGAAAAACCUCGACUCCGAAUUGUCUGGCAACGUCAUCGACCUGUGUCCCGUCGGCGCCCUCACCUCUAAGCCCUAUGCGUUCCGCGCCCGUCCCUGGGAGCUUAAGCACUCCGAAUCCAUUGACGUUCUCGAUGGUCUUGGCUCCAACAUUCGUGUCGACUCCCGCGGUCUCGAAGUCAUGCGUAUUCUCCCCCGCCUGAACGACGACGUUAACGAGGAGUGGAUCAACGACAAGUCUCGCUUCGCUUGCGACGGCCUCAAGACCCAGCGCCUGACUAUGCCUCUCGUCCGCCGCGAUGGCAAGUUUGAGCCCGCCGACUGGGAGGAGGCCCUCACCGAGGUCGCUCGGGCGUGGGAGCAGAAGAAGCCUCAGGGCAACGAGUUCAAGAUCAUUUCUGGUGCUCUGACUGAGGUCGAGUCUCUGGUUGUUGCCAAGGACAUGGCUAACAAGCUUGGCUCUGAGAACCUCGCCCUGGACACCCCCACCGGCAGCGCUCCCCUCGCACACGGUGUUGACGUCCGUUCCAACUAUCUGUUCAACUCGACCAUUUGGGGCAUCGAGGAGACUGACUGCAUACUGAUUGUUGGCAGCAACCCUCGUCACGAGGCUGCUGUGCUCAACGCCCGCAUCCGCAAGCAAUGGCUCCGUUCUGAUGUUGAUAUUGGCGUUGUCGGCGAGACCUUUGACUCCACCUUUGAGUUUGAGCACCUCGGUGGCGACCACGCGGCCUUGAAAGCGGCCCUUGCCGGCCCCUUCGGCAAGAAGCUGGCCGCUGCCAAGAAGCCCAUGAUCAUUGUUGGCUCUGGUGUUACCGACCACGUUGAUGCCAAGGCUUUCUACGAGACGGUUGGAGCCUUUGUCGAGAAGAACGCCACCAACUUCCGCACUCCUGAGUGGGAUGGCUACAGCGUCCUUCAAAGGGAGGCUUCGCGCGCCGGUGCCUUCGAGGUUGGCUUCGUCACUCCCUCCGCCGAGGUUUCCCAGGCGAAGCCCAAGUUCGUCUGGCUCCUUGGUGCCGAUGAGGUCAACGAGGCCGAUAUCCCCAAGGAUGCCUUCGUUGUCUACCAGGGCCACCACGGUGACCGUGGUGCUCAGAUUGCCGACAUUAUCCUGCCCGGUGCCGCUUACACCGAAAAGGCCGGCACCUACAUCAACACCGAGGGCCGUGUACAGAUGACCCGUGCCGCCACCUCCCUGCCCGGCGCUGCCCGUACCGACUGGAAGAUUCUCCGCGCCGCUUCCGAGUUCCUCGGCGCUCCUCUCCCUUACGACGAUGUCACCGCCGUCCGCGAGCGCAUGUCCACGAUCAGCCCUGCCCUCGCCGUUUACGACGUUGUCGAGUCCGUCGCGCUGAAGGAGCUUAGCAAGGUCCAGCUCGUCGACCAGAACAAGGGCUCCAAGGCCACUGGUACCCCUCUGAAGAAGCCCAUUGAGAAUUUCUACUUUACCGAUGUUAUUUCGAGAAGCUCGCCAACGAUGGCCCGCUGCUCUGCCGCCAAGGCUAGCGGCGACCCCAGAACAAACCUCAUGGCCUCCGGCAUGGAGGAGGACAGACCCAUGGGCCAAAUUGCCUACGGAUCAUAA